CUCUCUCUCUCGCUCGCUCUCCCAAGAUACAGUUCAUCGCAAAAAUCUCUCUCUCUCUCUCUCUCUCCGGCCUUCUCGUUCGCGAUCAUCUGCUGCUACGAGGAGGCAUUGAUGUUCUUCUCCGACGGAGAGGCUCCGACCGAGCGUUAGGGUUUCCGGCCGUGGUCCUCGUUCUCAGAUCUGCGAGGCACGGAUCUCGAAUUCCGCCCCCUCCCGGGCGAUUGCUUCUCUCCGACUCAUCCUGAUUCUUUUGGAAUCGAGUGUCGUCCGCCGCAGUCGCUCGACUUUCAUGUUUUGCAUCGAAUCUGAAUUCUCACCUCAUUAGUUGAUAACAGAUCUUGAAAAUUGGCUCCCCAAAGACGUUCGCAGCGCCACAUGGGUGGCCAGAUGCAGCAGAGCAACGCUGCGGCUGCAACUGCUCUGUACGACGGGUCCCUGCACAAUGCAGGCCUGCCGAGCGACACCGGCGAUGCAGUCAUGGCAAGAUGGCUGCAGUCUGCUGGGUUGCAGCAUCUGGCCUCGCCUUCGGCAUCGACAGGAAUGGACCACCGCCUCCUGCCCAAUCUCCUCAUGCAGGGAUAUGGAGCACAAUCUGCUGAAGAGAAACAGAGGCUAUUUAAGCUGAUGAGGAACCUCAAUUUCAAUGGGGAAUCUGGAUCAGAGACAUACAUGCCCACCGCUCAGACUUAUGGAGGGGUGGGUGAAUCAGAUGGCUUCUACUCUCCUGAUUUCAGGGGUGAUUUUGGGGCUGGGCUUUUGGAUCUUCAUGCUAUGGAUGACACGGAGCUUUUGUCUGAGCAUGUCAUUGAUGAACCCUUUGAGCCAUCGCCAUUCAUGACCAGUGGCGCUAGAGCUUUCGAGAGCGACUUAAAUCUGAGGGUUGAUACCCAGCAAAGAGGACAAACAGAUGUGGAUGCAUCAGUUUCAUUUCCCACAAAUGAGAAGGAAAACACCACAAAGGAAAAUAAUGUGGCUAAGAUUAAAGUUGUGGUCCGUAAAAGACCUUUAAACAAGAAGGAGCUUGCCCGGAAGGAGGACGACAUUGUCUCUGUGUGUGACAACGCUUAUGUGACUGUCCACGAGCCUAAGCUAAAGGUGGACUUGACCGCAUAUGUUGAGAAGCACGAGUUUUGUUUUGAUGCUGUUCUCAAUGAGCAUGUCACCAAUGAUGAGGUGUAUCGGGAAACUGUAGAACCAAUUAUUCCCACCAUAUUUCAGCGAACCAAGGCUACUUGCUUUGCUUAUGGUCAGACAGGUAGUGGGAAGACCUACACUAUGCAACCAUUACCUCUAAGAGCUGUCCAAGACCUUGUCAGAUUGUUGCAUCUUCCUGUUUACCGAAGUCAGAGAUUUAAAUUGUGGCUUAGCUAUUUUGAAAUCUAUGGAGGGAAGCUUUUCGAUCUUCUCAGCGAUAGAAAGAAACUUUGUAUGAGAGAGGAUGGACGGCAGCAGGUUUGCAUUGUUGGGCUGCAAGAAUUUGAAGUUUCAGAUGUGCAAAUUGUUAAAGAAUAUAUUGAGAGAGGAAAUUCUGCCAGAAGUACUGGCUCAACUGGUGCCAAUGAAGAGUCCUCCAGAUCUCAUGCUAUUUUACAACUUGUAGUAAAGAAGCACACUGAGGUGAAAGAAUCGAGGAGGAACAAUGAUGGAAAUGAUUCUAAAAGUGGGAAGGUUGUUGGCAAAAUAUCUUUUAUUGAUCUUGCUGGUAGUGAAAGAGGUGCAGAUACCACUGACAAUGAUCGACAAACACGGAUUGAGGGUGCAGAGAUUAAUAAGAGUCUGUUGGCUCUCAAGGAGUGCAUUCGUGCUCUGGAUAAUGACCAGAUUCACAUUCCAUUUCGUGGAAGCAAACUCACUGAGGUGCUCCGGGACUCUUUUGUUGGCAACUCAAGAACUGUUAUGAUAUCUUGCAUAUCUCCAAAUGCAGGCUCUUGUGAGCACACGCUCAAUACCUUGCGAUAUGCUGAUCGUGUCAAAAGUCUAUCCAGAAGUGGAAAUUCAAGAAAGGAUCAACCUGUAAAUUCAGCUCCUGGUAGUAAGGAUUCUUCAUCCGUGUCACUGUUGCCGAUUUCUGUUGAUCUGGAGGACCAAGAGGUUAAAGCAGUUGAUGCGGGUAGAAGGGUUGUAGAAAAAGAAAAUGCUUCUCACAGUUCUGCUACUGAUAAUGAGAAGCUGCCUUCGACUUUUUCAUCAAACUACGCAUUCAAUGGUAGGGAGGAAGCUGGUGGUGUGACCUUUCCAUCAAUCGACAGGGACAGGGUUGACAUGAAGAACACUUAUGGCAGUUCCACAAGUCAGAGAGGAAAUUAUUAUCAAAACUCAGUUGAUGCAGAAGAGAAGGUGCAAAAGGUGUCCCCUCCGCGUAGAAAAGGGCCUAGGGAUGAGAAACAAGAGAAGCCUGGCAACUGGAUGAAGAAAGAUGUGGGGGGAUCUGAUCUUUCCACCUCAACCUUCCCGCAGCAGAAUGCAGGCAGCUAUAGUCAAAGUAAUGCUGGUUCAAAGAGACAUGAAUCCGAACUUAUAGAUGGGAAUAUUAAUGCAAUCCUUGAGGAGGAAGAGGCCCUGAUUGCAGCUCACAGAAAGGAAAUUGAGGACACUAUGGAGAUUGUUCGCGAAGAAAUGAAGUUGUUGGCAGAAGUAGACCAACCAGGUAGCCUCAUUGACAACUAUGUGACGCAGUUGAGCUUUGUGCUUUCACGCAAGGCAGCAAGUCUCGUGAGUCUUCAAGCUCGUCUUGCCAGGUUCCAGCAUCGACUGAAAGAGCAAGAGAUACUUAGUCGUAAGAGGGUACCUCGUUAAGGCAGGCACAGUUCUGCUCAGGCGUGGCGAUGGCUCAGUUUACUGCAAUGUACAAGUCGGUGGGUCAAUGUUUGUACUUAAAUUCGUGGUGCGUAGGUGCAAAGGGGGAGGUAUUGUGUUGGAGGCGACUCGCGGCGAGGAAUUGCAGCAGUUGAUUAUUCAACGACCACAACCGGACUUGCACUGUGAAAAGUGGUGAUCAGAAUUGCUUUUGGACUGUUCGUCGCCGGGUAGAUGUUGGUCUCGAAUGCUUCUGCGAACAAGUCCGGUGGUUCUCUUGUUGUAUGGUGGUGAAUCAUAUAAAGGGCCUGCGGCUGCUGUUUGUCUGGUGAUUGGCAUAUGAAAAUACACUUUGCUUGAAAGGAAAGAGAAAACUCUCAAGAUAGAAUGUGUUUCUUUUAUUCACUGAACAUAUGGCAUUUUGCCAACCUCAUUGUAUCUUAAUGUCUCUGUGCUGCCAGAGUGUUUGUGAAGAGAACGAAUCAUCCGAUGACAAAUGUGUAGUUUUUUCUUUCAUCUUGAA